AGUUUAAAUCUAUAUUUGGAUGCAAUUUUAAUACACAUAUUAUCUAAUUUAAAAACUAUAUAAACAGCCUUCUCUAUCUCUCUUCAAGACAAUCUCUUCAUGUAGUUUCUUUCUCUCAUCAACAAACACACACACAUACAUCAAUCUUCAUUAAUGUAUAUCGCCAAAGACACAGUACUAAACGUCUCAAAGAGAUAUGUUCCAUUUGCGACUUAUCCAGUGGUGGUAUUCCUUUUAAUCUUUUUAUUUGUCCUUACUUUUUAUCUUUGGGCUUCAAUUUUAAGUUGUAUAGGUUACUUAUUCCGUCCUAGUCCAACUCCUUCUAAACCAUUAAUAGUUUCGGUACCUGUUUCAGUACCAGUCGCAGCUCCACAACCAGUACGUCCAAAUCAAGUGAUUCAUAAUACUCAUAAUUAUAAUACUACCAAUCAUAAUAAUUUCUUUGUGGGAGAUUUAGAAAUGAAUGAUGUCAAUGAAGAAGAUAGCCCAAUGCCAGAUGAAACUGUCCAUUAUAGCUAUCCUGAACCCAAUGCUCCACCACCAUCUUAUAAAAGAACAUGGUAAAUGUUCUGAAUUUAGAAUGAAAUAAAGAUAUAAAAUUACGGUGACUGAAAUAAAGGUUAUAGAAUUGAUAUUGGUUAUGCUUCGGUUAGUGCUACUGGUUAGAGCAUGAUAGAAAACCAUAUUUUACAAAUAAGUUAUUCACAUAUAUUUUGCUUCCUUUGUGAUGAUUAAACAAACGAAUGCGUUUUGAUUAUUAUUUUAUAUUUUUUUUUGAUAGUUUAAUUAUAUAGUUAACAAUUCAAUACAUGAUUCUACAUCUAUU